CUGGAACAUGCGCACUCCAAUGCUGCGCAGGCCCCUCCUCCAAGGGGGGCGGGAUGGAUAGACGUCAUUAAGGAGCGCGGGGAAGAGGCGCUGUGAUCUAUGAAUAAAGAAUGGCAACAGCUACUGGUGAGGCCUGUUGUUCCCCAGGCUCCAGACUCUCCAAGUUGCAGUUUGCUCCUUUUAGUAGUGCCUUGGAUGCUGGAUUCUGGCAUGAACUGACCCAGAAGAAGCUGAAUGAGUAUCGCCUGGAUGAGGCCCCAAAGGAUAUUAAGGGUUAUUAUUAUAAUGGUGAUUCGGCUGGCCUGCCAGCACGUUUGACUUUGGAGUUCAGUGCUUUUGAUAUAAAUGCUCCUACCCCAGCCCACUGCUGUCCAGCCUUCGGAACCCUGUUUAACACCAACACUCUCGAGUCCUUCAAAACUUCAGAUAAGAAGUUACUUUUGGAAAAAGCAGCAGAGGAGAUUUGGGAAUCAAUAAAAUCAGGUGCUGCUCUCGAAAACCCCGUGCUCCUUAACAAGUUCCUGCUCUUGACAUUUUCUGAUCUAAAGAAGUACUACUUCUACUACUGGUUUUGCUACCCUGCCCUCUGCCUUCCAGAGGGUGUACCCCUUCUUCAGGAGCCAAUACGUUUGGAUCAAAAGUUUUCUCCAAGCCAGAUUCAAGCCCUUGAAUGUGCAUAUGAUAAUCUUUGCCAGGAAGAAGGAGUCACAGCAUUGCCUUACUUUUUAAUUAAGUAUGAUGUAAAUUCCGUCCUGAUCUCCUUGCUUAAGCACUGCAAUGAUUUCUUCCAAGAUCAAAGGAAAAAGAUUACAAUUGGAGUAUAUGAUCCCUGUAAUUUAGCACAAUAUCCUGGAUGGCCAUUGAGGAAUUUAUUGGUCCUGGCAGCAUACAAAUGGAGUGACCGUUUCCAGUCGGUCGAAGUCCUCUGCUUCCGGGACCGGACCCUGCAGGGGGUGAGGGACAUCACUCACAGCAUCAUCUUUGAAGUCCAGCUUCCAGAAUUGGCAUAUAACUCAGAUUGCCCAAAAGCUGUUGGUUGGGAAAAGAACCAGAAAGGAGGCAUGGGCCCAAGGAUGGUGAACCUCAGUGAAUGUAUGGACCCCAAAAGGCUGGCCGAGUCAUCUGUGGAUCUGAAUCUUAAAUUGAUGUGUUGGCGGUUGGUGCCUACUUUGGACUUGGACAAAGUUGUGUCUGUUAAAUGUUUGCUACUUGGAGCUGGUACCCUGGGCUGCAAUGUAGCCAGGACAUUAAUGGGUUGGGGAGUCAGGCACAUCACCUUUGUGGACAAUGCAAAGGUAUCUUACUCGAAUCCUGUGAGACAGCCCUUGUAUGAAUUUGAGGACUGCUUGGGGGGAGGAAAGCCAAAGGCCCUCGCUGCAGCAGAGAGGCUCCAGAGGAUAUUCCCAGGAGUGAACUCUGCAGGAUUUAACAUGAGUAUCCCCAUGCCGGGCCACCCUGUGAACUUUUCCAACGUCACCAUGGAACAAGCUCAGAAAGAUGUGGAACAACUUGAGAGGCUCAUCGAGGAUCAUGAUGUGAUUUUCCUCUUGAUGGACACCAGGGAAAGCCGAUGGCUUCCUGCAGUUAUUGCAGCAAGCAAGAGGAAGUUGGUCAUCAAUGCUGCCUUGGGAUUUGACACAUUUGUUGUCAUGAGACACGGCCUGAAGAAGCCCAAACACCGUGGGGCUGGGGACCCACAUCCCAGCCAUGUCACAGCAUCUGCCGACCUAGGGUCAUCUCUCUUUUCCAACAUCCCUGGCUACAAACUUGGCUGCUACUUCUGCAAUGAUGUCGUGGCACCAGGGGACUCAACCAGAGACCGGACCUUAGACCAGCAGUGCACCGUCAGCCGACCAGGCCUAGCCAUGAUCGCAGGAUCCCUGGCAGUGGAGCUGAUGGUUUCUGUCCUACAGCACCCAGAAGGGGGCUACGCUGUUGCUAGUAGCAGUGAUGACCGCAUGAAUGAACCUCCCACUUCACUUGGGCUUGUGCCUCAUCAGGUCCGAGGGUUUCUGUCAAGGUUUGAUCACGUCCUUCCCGUCAGCCUGGCCUUUGACAAGUGCACUGCUUGUUCCUCUGAAGUCCUUGAUCAAUAUGAGAAAGAAGGAUUUAAUUUCCUGGCAAAAGUGUUUAAUUCUUCACAUUCCUUCUUAGAAGACUUGACCGGACUUACUUUGUUACACCAAGAGACUCAAGCUGCUGAGUGCAGAUCACAGACUCUCCAGGCCUACCCAUUUUGUAUGACUGUUAUUCAUGUCCUGCCAUCAGUCCACCACAAGGGUCCUCCCCUUCUCCCAGCACUGAGAACAGAGCCAGAUCUGGGACAUGAGUGACGACGACACCAUUUGAAGCAGGAACCGAUUCCUGGUGGCCUCGGGCUCCAGGUGACCAGCCACCAUCUCCUGGCUUGGCCUGCUUCUUACCCAGACCCAGCUGGUACCCAGGAGCCGAUUUGCCCUCGGGCCCGAAAGCCCAACUGACUGCUCUGGGAGCUGUCAUUCUCUUCACCUCUGUGUCUACACUUCCUUUGGAGAUGGGGUUUUGUAGACCAACGCUUGCUCACCGUGUAUAUUCUGUGCUGUGACUCAUGGCUCACAUACAUACCUACUCUCCAUAACAGACAGUUUCCAUUUUUCUACUUGUUUUUCCCAUCAAUCCUGGGCUGAUUUGCUUUGGAAUUUCCAUGCUUAGGGCUUUGAUCCUUCCUCAAGCUCCCAUUUUUCCUUAACCUUGGCAAAUUUUUGAUAUUCAGACUAUCAGGGAUUACCCCCACAGGUGGGAAGAACCAGGCAUUCUGCAGGAGGAAAACAGCUCUGUCCUGUGGUCUGAUGGCUUCUGGUUCACAGCAUUCAGAAAAGUCCUGGAGGAAAAAAGAAAUAGCUGCCCAUGUGCAUUGUUACCCCUUUUUAAAGAAGAAUGCCUUGCUUCCUGCCAUUCCUUAUUGUAACCAAAAUGUCCCUGCCACCUUCUCAUUCCUUCCUUUUAACCUAGGGUGUCCAUGCUGCCUAUUGGGAAGGGAAUGUUCACACCAUGCUCUCAUUCCUUCUAGAAUACCUGAGUGUGGGAAAGGCCCUGUCAACAAGCCAGGAGCGGGGUAGGAAGCCCAUCCUAUCAUCUCCUCCUCUUGGACCAGGAAUUCUAGUGUUCUCCCAGACCCCAUGGGUUUGGCUUUAGGUGCCCAGAACCAAGUGCUUGUGUUAAAGGAGAUUACAGGCCUUUCCCAGAGGCCCCUCAGACCCCACUCUGGGUCAGAAGCACAGCAAUAACAUGAUCCCCCAUAGGGCCUUCUCAUCCCCUCCCCUCCGCUGGUGUGCAUGGCACAGUCCCCACAAUGCCCUAAGAGGGCAGAGACAGGGAUGGAAAGCCAUUUCUGCCAUAUCUUGAGCCUGGCUCAGCUCCAAGCUUGCCAACAGCAAGCCAAUUCCCAUAGGUGCUGUCCCAAACCUUUGAUCUGGACUGCGAGACAGUAAAGGCCAGAGAGGAACCUGUGGACAUUACACAGGACAGUGCUCACCAUCAAGCUCCGUGAUCAUAGGCGGGUCACCUCAUCUCUGUUUCCUAAUCUGUGAAAUGAAGGGGCUGGGCUUGGUGCUGCAGUUCUGAAGUCCCUUCCGGCUCCAACAUUCUGUGUUUCAAGAGCCUGGUGGGCCCCUGCCCUGCAGGCAGGCUUCCUCAUUGAGAGAGCUCCAUGGAGGUCAGCUCUUGAUUGUUUUCUCACCUGUGUCUGUGUCCAGAGAAGCACCUUACCCUGGCCCAGGGUAAAGAGUGGGAUGGAGGAGAGAAGGGGCCUUGGGACCAGUCUGUGAGAAGGGCAGGGGAAUGCCAUCCAGUAUGAUGAAAGCCAUAUGAAUGGGUGAAAACAGGGAUUAAAAAGAGUCCAUAGAACA